AUGUCGGAUAAUAACCGGGAAGAAGAGCAUGACUUUAGCUUUAAUGAACUUAUAGAUAACAUAUUGACAAAUGAUACAGAUGAUAAAGGGGACGAUGUAAAUCAUGAAGAUCAUGAUAUAUCUUCAAAUAAGGAACAUGAAAAAAUGACGAAUAGCAUAACGGCUGAACAGGAUGAUAUAGAGAUGGAUGACGUACAUAAUAACUCACAGUCGGUUCCAAAUCAUAGUGAUCAUGAUGACAAUGAUGAACUUCCUGAUUUCGAAGCUGAGGAUCUUGUUAAUGCAGUGGCAAGUGCCAUGCAAGAUAUUGAAACGGAUGAAAAAGAUGGAGAUGAACACAAUGAUAACAAUAAUAGAGAUGAGAAUAAUGCCAACAAUAACGAACCGGCGCCAAAUCCACAACAUGAUGAAGACGAUGAAGCCCAACAGCAUAGUGAAUGGGCCAGAAUCUUACAAGAAGGUUUAAUGCAAGAUGAUGACGAACAUGGCGUACAUUCAGAUGAAGAUCGUAUUGUAGAAACGCACGAUUUGCAUGACGAUACAGAAUUAGGCACAGAUAACAUCCAACAUACGAUAGACCAACUGGAUAGAGAUGAUGAAAAUUUAAGGUUAGCAAUUCUAGAAUCACUUCAAAACCUUGAAGAAACCGGAGAACAACCUCAAACUGAAACAAAGAAUGCACAUGACAUAUCAGAAACGAAAGAGGAAAGUACGAAGAAAGCAGUUGCGAAGAAAACCUCUAAGAAGAAGAAGAAAGAGAAAUCAAAGGAUAAGAGUGUACAAAAGGAAAAGGGAAGCCCCAAGAAGAAGAAAACUGUUAAACACAAGAAAAACAAAGACAAGUCUAAAGACAAAGCAGAUGAUUUAAAUUUUAAUGAUGUGAUAGAAGGUUUGAUAGGGGAAGAUAAAUCUACAGAAGGUAAAACAAAAUCAACUACUGGAGCAACUGAAGAAAAUGAUGAUGACGCUCGUGCCAUUGUCGAGGAAACUUUAAAAGCAUUUGAAAGAGAGUUAUUAGGAUCCUCAACAGAACCUACGACAAAAACAACAAAGAAAGAACGUACAAAAAAGACAAAAACGUCUCAAAAGCAUACACAGAAGGAUAAAGUAGCAUCUAUCAACAAAUCUACUAAAACAGAAUCCAAGAAAAAGAAGAAGAAGAAGGCAAGUAAAAAAACAGAUAAAUCUGCGGAAGAUGAGUAUAAGGAAGAUGAUUUUUCCAAAGCAUUGGUUGAUAUGGUCAACCAAGUUGUUUCAACAUCGUUAGGUGAUGAAUCGACGGCAUCUAAACAAGAAGCAACGAACAAAGAUGGAAGUAAACCACACUCAAUAAGCAUACCCACAUGGAAUCACACACAAAUCACUCCUUAUCAGGAUGAGUCUCGAGCUGAAAUAACGACGACACCUGCAGCUGAUGAACCUUUUGAUUUAAAUCAAAUUAUGCAAAACGCUAUGGCCAUGGCUUUCCAAGAACAAAAUGAUGAUAAUUUUGAUCCUACGGUAAUGGAGGAAUUUAACAAGAGUCUUGGAAGCUUCAAUGUUUCCGACCUCUUGUCGACAGGUCAGACAACAACCAAGAAGAAGCCUGCGAAGAAAAAGGCACCAAAGAAGAAAAAACCUGUCAAACCAAAAGCCGCUAAGGAGAGGAAGAUUGUGCUUCAGAAAGUGGUCGAGAAGAAGAAGAAGAAACCUAAGCAACCUAAGAAACCAGUAAAGCCUAAGAAAUCACCAGAGCAAAUUUUAAGGAAGAAAUAUAAAGCAAUUGUCACCGAAGCUGCUAAUGUUGCUAAAAAGCGUAGUAGAAUGAAGAGAAGAGAGACUAGAGCAAAACUUCUGGAGGAUAAAAUAAAGCAUCGUGCAGAAAAGAAACAACUGAAAAGUGCUCAAGAUGAGAAGCGUCUUAUUGAAUUAAAGGAAUUAGAAGAAAUUGUAGCUAAAGGUCCACCAUACCCAAUCGACCUGAGGGUUACCAAGAAAGGGGUACCAAAGAAACCCUAUAGAAGAUGGACUGCUGUAGAAAUGGAGAAAAGGGCUCAGAUGGUUCAAGAAAAGCCCAAAAAACCUGCUAAGGUGAAAAAAGAAAAGAAGAAGAAGGCUAAGAAAUUGAAGAGGGUACCAUUAAAAACAUUAAGAAAAAUUCCAUUAUUCAAUACUGUUAAAGGAAGCCCUGUUCCUUCUAAAUUAUUAAACGAUAUCGAGGGAACUCUUUCCAAAAUACAAUUACCACAAGUAUCUAUUGACCCUACCGCAUCAAAGUACGGUAUCAACUUAUCUAGCAAAACUGUAGUCUUCAAAGAGAAAAUUCCAUUUCAUCCACCUUGGUGUGUUCCUCUACAUCCACCAUAUAUCCUACCUGUUGCUAGAAGAAGACCUAAAGAUAAUAAAUAUUCAACUGAACACAAACGUGAAAAAGCCAAAAAGGUUAAUGAAUUAUUAAAUGAUACUGUUUUACGUAACGAAAUUCUACCGAGGACAUUGGCCACAGUAAUUACAACCUUGAAAGCAGCAGCAAAAGCUAGAAUUGGAAAUGGUGCUUCUCCGGAACAAACUUUGAAAUAUCUAAGGAUAAUCAUUGAGCGCACUAAGAGAUCAAUAGCACAGGCGAUUUCAAAGAGAAAUAGCGAGGAAAUAAGAAACCAAGAAAUAAAACAAGAACAGUCGAAUACCAUUAGUACUAAAGCUACCGGUACUGUGAGAAAAAUACCUUUGUUUACUCUAUCAAAUAUUAAAAAAAUCGAGAAAGACGCAAUUUCUUCUGAAAGUCAAAAGAUAGGACCCACACAUAUAGUAGUGAAAGAAGAGCCAAUAAACCAACUAGCAAACGUAAAGGUAGAACCACACAGUAAGAAUGGUGACUCAAUCCUUCAGGUAGUUGAAAAUGUAUCUGAAUCCCCAGAUGUUAUAAUGAACACUGGUUCUCACGAUGACCAAGAUACUAAAACAGAUCAUCCAGAUGAGAUGCUUACGAAGGAGAAAAAAUAUCAAUCUGCUACUGACGUAGAACUAAGAGCCCUUUUUUUACGUGGUGCUCUACUCGGUGGAGAAUUUGACAUCAAAGGUUAUGAAAGUAAAAAGACAUUACAGAACACCGAGGCCCCUCCUAUGAAUUAUAUUAAGGAAGUUAUAGAAAUUAAGGAUGAAGAAAACUAUCUAAUAAAUGCACGUUUAGAACAACCAGUCAAGAAAUUAUCACCUAUCUUAAACACAAUAAUACCUGCAAAGAGAAAGUUCAUAAAAGUGGAGGAUAUGGUCGAAUCGUUGGUUAACCAUGAAUUGGAGACAAACGGUGGUAAUUCUCAUUUGUCGCCAGGACUAAGUAAGAUUAUUACGAGUACUAUUAGCGGUAUUCUCCCAAAGGUGAAAAAAGAAAAGAAGAAUACCCUUAAAUCAACUCCUGCUAGAACACCAGUUUUGAAUUUAGAUGGGCUAGUUCCUCCUAAAUCAUUUACCAUGUCUCAAACCGCUACCGGUAAACCCAUCGAAGUGAGUCCAAUUUCAAGGUUGCCUAUUGCAAAGAUAUCAAAACCUAAAGUGGAAACUGUCAGUCUUCACACCUAUUCGUUCAACUUGCCAGAUUUCUCAGAUUUCCCGGGGAAGAAGAAUAUCUUGAUGAGAAAAGCUAGGAAUCUCUUGAACCCAGAAGAAUUGAAAGUGUUGAAUCGUGAAAUGAGCAGAGAGAGAAAAAAAAGAUGGAGAGAAGCCAAUGCGCAAAAGAAUUGGGAGAUCGAUUAUAAAGCUAGAAUGAGAAGGAGAGCCACUGCUAUAUUCGGCGAAGGGGAUACAGUAGAGAAAGAACAAUUUGUUAAGCAAAAAAUGGAAAUUGCCCUAAGUGGACAAGUUAAGGUAUCAAAUGAGAACUCGCCAAUAUCAUCCGAUAAGGGUGUCUCAAAUAUAACCGAUUUGGAAAUAUUAAAUAUCAUAGCGUUAUCGUUGAAGAAACUCGAUGUUGCUCGUAAGCUGGAAAUUGAGUUGAAUGAAGAAAUGACAAAAUUACGCGAGAAAGAGGUAGAACAAAAACCUACAAAGAAAAGGAAACUAACUACCAAGUAG